UCCUUCAUUCCUUCUCCAAAAUCAAAAUUCUUCAAUUUCCACAAUAGCGAAAAUUCAGUUCAAAAUUCUUACAAUCCUUCUCUCUUUCUUUCGGUCUCGGAUCAGAGAUGGUUGAUUUGGGUUGGAAGGCAAACAUGGUUUCCUCCGACAAGACGACGACGACGACUAAAUCCUCAAAGAUCAUCCCCAUCGCCAAUAACAAGCUCAAUCUAUCUCUUCCUGUUUCGUUUCGUACUUCAGAGCUCUCCACUGCUUCGCCUUCCUCUUGUUCUUCGUACGAACAGUACCUUCGCCUUAACGAUCUCAGGAAGCUAUGGAGUUCUAAGGAGUUUCCUGAAUGGAGGAAUGAGUCGGUAUUGAAGCCGGGAUUACAAGCUUUGGAGAUUACUUUCCGGUUCAUAUCGACCGUUUUGUCUGAUCCACGGCCGUACGCGAAUCGGCGGGAGUGGAAGAGGAAGCUCGAGUCUCUCACCACGAGUCAGAUCCAACUCAUUGCUAUGAUUUGUGAGGACGACGAAGAGGAUGGUGAAGCACGCGGUAGAGUUCCGAUUGUUGAUCUGAGUUCAUCCGACGGUGUGAUUACUCGCGAUGGAAGCUCGGCGGAGGUUUGGAAGAUUCACGGAGAAGCUACUGUUGUGAACAGAACGAGUGAAUCGAGUCUUCUUCCUCGUCUUGCGUCAUGGCAGAGCUCUGAAGACAUCGCGCAGUUGAUUCAGUACUCCGUUGAGUGCGAGAUGAGGAGAUGUUCGUACACGCUAGGGUUAGGAGAGCCGAAUUUGGCUGGUAAGCCGAAUCUCGAUUACGACCUAAUUUGCAAGCCAAACGAGCUUCAUUCUCUGAGAAAGAGUCCGUAUGAACAAAUCGAAAAUUACGAGAAUCAAACGGUUUACACAACGCACCAGAUCUUGGAGUCGUGGAUUUACGCUGCGCAUGAGGUUCUGAAACGAAUUGCAGAGAGAAUCGAGAAGAAGAAUUUCGCCGGAGCCGCGAGCGAUUGUUAUCUGAUGGAACGGAUCUGGAAACUUCUGCAAGAGAUUGAAGAUCUUCAUCUUCUGAUGGAUCCGGAUGAUUUCCUAAAGCUGAAGAAUCAAUUAGCUAUCAAAUCGCUGCAGGAAUCGGAAGCGUUUUGCUUCAGAUCGACGAAGCUGGUGGAGAUUACGAAGCAAUGCAAGGAUCUGAAGCACAAAGUGCCGUUCAUCUUGGAUGUGGAGGUGGAUCCAAUGGGCGGACCAAGGAUUCAAGAGGCGGCGAUGAAAUUGUACAGCGAGAAGCGAGAGUUCGAGAAAAUUCAUCUUCUUCAAGCUCUGCAAGCGAUUGAAUCGGCGAUAAAGAAGUUCUUCUUCGCAUACAAGCAAGUUCUGGUUAUGGUGAUGGGAAGCUUAGAGGCGAAGGGGAACCGAGUCGUGGUGAGUUCGAACUCGGACGAUUCACUGAGUCAGAUAUUUCUGGAAUCCACUUAUUUUCCGAGUUUGGAUGCUGCCAAGACGUUUCUUGGGGAUCUACACGGUGUUUUCGGGUCGGAUCGAAGGACCCGGAUGAAGCUGUAGGAGUUAGGACUCCGAUUCUGACUCGGGUUGACCCAGUCUACGACAAAGGUUGACUUUGGUUCUAAAUUUAUUUAUAAAAAAUUAGGUCUGUGCCCCCCACAGGAAUGGAAAAUACAGCAAAUUAAAUUAAUUAAUUAUUUUUUAAGAAAGGAAUGUAAAAUCUUGUAUUGGUUGUCUAAUGACAUGUUUAAAGUUUUGCCUCGGUUUAAUGAUU